AAAAUUUUAAUCCACAUUCAUUCCUCACAUGAUUACAAGUAUCCAACCAACGCCAAGCAGUUCAAGUACUGCAAUCUUCCAUUUUCCCUUCUCUGAUCCAGUGAGACCCGAAUCCGUCUCAUUAUCGGGUCAUGGUUGGAGACUUCUCUUUCUGCCCUUGCUUCGGAAGUCGGAGUGCGGUCGAUACUGAACCUGACCGCGACCCCGUCCUACUAGUGUCUGGAAUCGGAGGGUCCAUCCUGCAUUCGAAGACGAAGAGCAAGAAGUUCGGGUUCGAGACUCGGGUAUGGGUCCGGAUUCUCUUAGCUGAUUAUGAGUUCAAGAAGAGAAUCUGGUCUCUCUAUAAUCCCAAAACAGGUCUCUCUCAUUCGCUUCCCUCUAUCAAUGCAUUUACACUUCGUGUGUGUGAACUUGUUACAGAUAAUUGUUAUACAGAGCUAUUGGAUGACGGCACUGAGCUUGUGGUCCCUGAUGAUGAUUAUGGGCUAUAUGCAAUUGAUAUUUUAGAUCCAUCAUUGUUUGUAAAAUUUUUCCAUUUGACAGAGGUGUAUCAGUUCCAUGAUAUGAUUGAUAUGCUCAUUAAUUGUGGAUAUAAGAAGGGAAGCACAUUGUUUGGAUAUGGCUAUGAUUUCCGGCAAAGCAAUAGAAUUGAUAAAUUAAUGGAAGGGCUUAAAGCAAAGCUGGAAGCAGCUUAUGAAGCUUCUGGACAUAGAAAAGUUAAUAUAAUUUCACAUUCAAUGGGUGGACUGCUGGUGUCAUGUUUCAUGUCACUUCAUGCAGAUGUGGUGUCAAAGUUUGUUAAAAAAUGGAUCUGCAUUGCAUGCCCUUUCCAAGGUGCACCAGGAUGCAUCAAUGAUUCCCUGUUAACUGGGUUGCAGUUUGUUGAAGGUUUUGAGAGCUACUUUUUUGUAUCUAGAUGGACAAUGCACCAGCUGUUGGUUGAGUGCCCAUCAAUCUAUGAAAUGUUGGCAAAUCCAAAUUUUAAGUGGGAAAGGCAACCACAAAUUCAAGUUUGGAGGGAGCAAUCAGAUAAUGGGGAAACUUUGGUCAAGUUGGAGUCCUAUGGCCCACUUGAAAGUAUCACUUUCUUUCAGGAAGCAUUGAAGAAUAAUGAGCUAACUUAUAAUGGAAAUACAGUUUCUCUACCCUUCAACUUUUACAUCCUCAAAUGGGCUGCUGGUACUCGCCAGAUUCUAAAUGAUGUGCAACUGCCAAAAGGGGUUUCCUUCUAUAACAUUUAUGGGACAUCAUACGAUACACCUUUUGAUGUUCGAUAUGGUACAGAGACAUCUCCAGUCAAAGAUCUGUCUGAAGUCUGCCACACUAUGCCCCUGUAUUCUUAUGUGGAUGGUGAUGGAACAGUUCCUGCAGAAUCAGCUAAGGCGGAUGGAUUUGAAGCAGUUGAGAGAGUAGGAGUUAUAGCUACUCACCGUGGACUGCUACGAGACAACACAGUAUUUCAACUCAUGCAGAAAUGGUUGGGAGUUGAGCAGAAGCUCACUAAGCAUUCAAGGACAUCCAGAGUAAUGGAUGCUUCUUUAAUUUCACAUGUUAAGGUAUGAAUAUGUUGUUCUGCUUCAACAUGUACAUAUUGUAGUAAAAGAAAAGGAGAAAAAGAGCUGGAAUUCCAAAUUCAAAUACUGCAGAGUAGUGUAAAUUUAUAUGACAUUUGAUUGCAAGA